AUGCAGCACCCACCCUGCGGGCCUGGCAAGUGCUUGGCACACACAAAAAAAAUUUCCGGAGCUCAGGGAGUGUUGUGGGGGAGGGAGUCGAAUCGACCACAGGAUGUUUCUAGUUGUAAAUUAAAAGGAGAGGGGCGCCCCCCUUGUUUGAAAAUAAAUAAUUGGGCUACGAGGGUGGCGCCGCGGAGGUUUUGUCGGCAGAAGGCGACACCUCGCGGAGACUGA